CUCGACGACUGGACCGUCGACUGGCUUGCCAACCCUCACCUCACCAGCGAUCCCUGGAUCCACUUUCUCGUCAAACACGACUGGAGUCGUACCGCUGCUGGUCCCAUGCAACAUUGGCACCCCACCCUGAGACAGCUCUAUUCUACCAUCUUGACGUCCGAGAUCCCCCGCGUCAUCUACUGGGGUAACGAUAUGUGUAUGUUCUACAACGAGGCUGCGAGGUUUGUCGUCGGCGAAAUGCAUCCUGAACCUCUUGGCAAUCCUUUGGCUAAAGUUUGGGGCGCUCCCAUGGCAAGUCACCUCGACGACAUGCUCGUCUCUGGCAUCAAGCGUGGCAAACCCAUGCACAACAAAGGGACAGAACUCAUCCUCACCCGUAACGGCUAUCCAGAGAGUUGCUUCUUCGACUUUGUCUUCCUGCCUAUUCCCUCCCCCGACGGCCGUUUCAUCGGUGUCCUCAACGACUUUAUAGAAAUCACGACAGCUGUUCUACAGGCAGAUCGUCAGAAAGUUUGUAAACAACUCAUCGAAGGUGUCAGCGGAGCCACAGAUGUACGCAACGUCUGGGACACACUGUUGCGUGUGCUCAGGCAUAGCAGAGACGUGUCGUAUGCAAUAGUCUAUGCUCACGGUUCAUCUACUGACCCAGACUCCGACACAUCAACCAUGCAGAGCCAAUUCUCCUUUGGCAUCGAUACGCAUAGCAGAGUUAUACCCUCUUCCAUCAAUCACCUUAUCCAGGAAUCUGUCAAUACUGUCCGUGUCUUGGAUCAGUCUACUGAAUCAUUGCCACCUGGAUUAGAGAUCAAUGUUCCUGACAAGGGCAUUGUCCACACUUCAUACGUCUUGCCGAUCGACGGAUUGUAUGAUCAACGUAUUUCCGCCGUUGUAGUGAUAGGAUCAAACCCUGUGAGGGCCGUUGACGCUGGUAGUCUCCAGUUCUUUGAGUCACUCCGUGAUCUGCUGUUCAAAUCAAUUGCUCUGCUAUCGCUACCCGCCGAACAGCGACGAGCCAACGAACUCACUACUGCGCUGUCUUAUCAAUUAGCGGCCGCAACCUCCAAAGCAGAGAAAAGCGAGCGAAACUUUACCGAAAUGGUCCAACACGCACCAAUAGGCAUGUGCAUGGAUCGUGGUGACGGUUACCCGGUCUACGUCAACGACGUAUACCUUGACCUCAUGGACACAGACAGGACGAGCUUCUUUGAGGCCGCGAGGGAGGGCUUCGCGUGGCGAAGUGCUUGCUUCCAAUCCAAGGCCGAUACCAUCGAGAGGUCAUGGUGGGCUGCAGUCAACAGCGGAGAGACUGCGAGCUUCGAGAUAAGCGUCGAGUGUGAUUCUCGACUCCGUUGGUUCGAGAUCUUUGUCCAGCAACGAUACGACGAUCACGGCGUGUUGAAGUUCAUCUUUUCGUGGAUGACCGAUAUCUCUGCGAGAAAACUUGUAGAGUCCGUGGUGGAAGAACGACUUGCAGAGGCGAUCGAAAACAGAAGAGCUUCGGAGAACUUCAUUGACAUGAUAUCACACGAGAUGCGCAAUCCUUUGUCAAGUAUUUUACAACUGGCUGACAGUAUAUCCUUGACACUGGGACUCGCAGCUACAGAGAUCAGUGUCGGCUCCUCGACGACAAAUGGAAGCGUCAGUACGCUCACGGAAGACGCGCGACAUGUGCUUCUUGACACGGCACAAACCAUCACGCUUUGCGCCAGACACCAGAAAAACAUUAUAGACGAAGUGCUUACCUUUUCCAAACUAGAUUCCAAGCUCAUCGUCCUGGCUCCGGAAGCCACACAGCCGCUAAGGAUCAUCUCUGACGUGCUGAGAAUGAAUAAACCAGAGCUCGCUCAAGCAGAUAUUGAAGGCUCUUUGGACAUUGAAUCAAGCUUCAAAAACCUUGGGAUCGACUAUGUCACUCUCGAUCCUGGCAGAGUGUCACAGGUUAUCAUCAACUUCAUGAACAACGCUAUCAAGUUCACGCGAACUUCCAAGGUUCGCAAGAUCAAACUCAGUCUUGCGGCUUCACGAAUAAGACCCACUGCCGAGAGCUGCAACGUCACGCUCAUCGAGCCUCGUGGGAAACCGCGAUCUUUGUCGAUAGCUUCAGCUACCACCGGGGUAGAAGUGUUUUUGACCUUCAGCGUGCAAGACACGGGCUGUGGUCUUACUCAAGCAGAGACUCAAAACUUGUUCCAGCGCUUCAGUCAAGCUUCUCCAAAGACUUACAAACGCUAUGGAGGUUCUGGACUAGGCCUUUUCAUCAGCAGGGAGCUGGUCGAGCUUCUAGGAGGUCAAGUGGGAGUUCACAGUGAGGCAGGAAAAGGCAGUACAUUUGGCUUCUACAUCAAGGCGACUUGUGUCGAACGACCCGUGGAUUCACCACCGAAAUCCCCAGAGAUUGGCUCAUCGCUGCCGGUGCGAAAGUCUAGUCAGACACCAGCUGCGACUCCGGCAGAAUAUUCUCCAAUCAGCAGAACCACUACGCAGGACUUGCAUGUUCUCGUUGUGGAGGACAACGUGAUCAAUCAGCGAGUCAUGUCUCAACAACUCAAACGCUUGGGCUGUGCUACAGUGAACACUGCGAACCACGGUCUCGAGGCUCUUGACUUUUUAUCAACAACCACAUUCUGCAACGGCGAUGUUCCGCUUUCGAUUAUCCUACUCGAUGUAGAGAUGCCGAUCAUGGAUGGCUUGACUUGUGCUCGAAAGAUUCGCGAGCUUGAGAAAUUGCGGGAAGUCACUAGACAUGUGCCCAUCUGUGGUAUCACGGCCAAUGCCCGUACUAGUCAGAUUGAUUCUUGCAUCGAGGCUGGCAUGGAUGAAGUCGUGACCAAACCUUUCCGAAUGCCUGAGCUUGUGCCUCGCAUGCUGGCUCUUGUCGACAAGCACAAUUCGACUUGA